UCAGGACCACUGUUUUCCUCUGCUCCACGCUGGGCUGCAGUGUCGAGACUGAAUUUGGACACAGUUUUUCUAUCGAGAAAUUGCCCGUGGAGUCGUAAAUAGGAGCUGUAACUGAGAAGGACAGCUGUUUGGUCGCAGUUUAUACACUAGAAGUUCACAAAACCAAAAAGGAAACAUAUGAGUGGACGUCUCUGGCCUGACUGACAGCGAUCAAAGCCACACACCAGAGGACAUCACGUCUCUAAGGCCCAGUGAGACGUGCUGGAGAAAUUCAGUGUGAGCAGGCUGUUUUCCUGCCUUCCACCAACUGGGUGCUGAGAGCUCCAGACCUCCAUGACCUUGAGUGGGGAGACUUCAUCACUGGAGGCCAUCGGAAAACACGAGACGGUGGGGAGAUUUCUACCAUGUGAUGGACAGCAAUGAAUUUGAAUAAUUCUUCAAUGUAAAUUUCAACGGUGGAAAAAAAGAGGAUGGAUUUCAGCAAGCUAUGGCAGCUGCGUGUCAUGUAUGCAAUGAGAUCUUCAACUGAUAAAGAUCCAUUCUAUCACUGCAAUAAAAUAGGACUAGAUUUUAAUGCAGCAUCCGAAAGAAAGCAAAAACUAGAUUUACAGUUGUUGACCAAUGGGAUUGUAUGUGAAGUGUAUGACUUUGCUAAUUUGUUACACAAAAGUAAAAGACAGGUCAUCACUGAUGUCUUGGAGAACAAUUUUGAUAUUGGACUGGAGAGCAAACAACAGCGAAGUGAUUUUCGUUCCAGAACUCUAACUAAAUUAAAGCAAUUAAUGAGAAGACCGUGGAGAGACAAACAUGAGCUUUUCAGCCUUCCUGACACGUCAUCCAUGGCAGGGCAUAACCACUGCUCUCUGACUCAAAUGUCCAAUCAAGAAUCUUCAGAUAUCUACAAUGCUGAUUGGAGUCUGGAAACUCCUGAACAUUACAAUGCUGAGAGCAUCCCCAGGGAGCUGGACAGACUGUGCGCUGCUGAAACUGAACAAGGAAAUGAAGGCACAUCUCCACGUGUGGCAUCAAUAGAAGAAUCAAAAGAAGACAUUUUCCGCCACUCCUACCCAUUCUGUAAAGAAAUUGGUCUCAACCUUGGCUAUGGAUCCAAGCAAACCCUAGACCUGGGUUUGUUGACAAAUGGUGUGAUGCUAGAAAUAGAGCAUUUUGCCAGAAUGUUGUGUGGAUUAAGCAGAGAAAUUACUUUUAUUGUGUUGGAGCAUAAUUUUGAACUUGAUUUUACAAGUUUGGAUGUCAAAGAUGAAGCAUAUAGGAACUUGAACCAACUGACAAAAAUUAAAAAGAGUAAGGGAGCAAAGACCAGUCUGCUUGAAAGGAAUUUUUUUUCAUCUCAUGUAAAUCCCUCUAAAAGAAAAAGAAAAGAAACAUUACUCAAUAAAACAGAAAACAUUGAAGGUCCUGCACCAAAAUAUCACCUCAAGGAAGUAAUCAAAAGAAGGCAGUCUGACAUAAAAAGUAAGCAGACAAAAACCAUGGCAUUGAAUGAGACUGAUGUGCCUACCAGUCACACUGCACAGUGGGACCAGGAUCUUGGUGAUGUCCAUUCUUACAUGUGUCCACUAGAAGACUCUGACCUGGAGUCAGAUGAUACUUCAGACUCAGAAAAUAAUCGUUAUCAAGAAAGCAUGCAAAAUGAAAGUGAUGGAGAGUCAGAGAUGAGAUCUCUGGAUGUACAGGAGGAGACUUACCUCAGCCCCACUGACUGCUCAUCAGCUCAUUUGUCUUUAAACCCAGAUCUCAGCCAGGCUUUGGCCACUUGUUCUGAUGGAGGACAAUCUGAAAGUCAAGGCCAAACACAGACUACAACAAAUGUCAAAGACCUUGACGACAGUGACACCAUGGAACAGAAGGAAACAGGAGCAGAACAACUGAUGUGGAAGCUGCGUACUCAUCGUGUGAAUGAAAUCCUCAGGUCAUCAAAGAAUUACUUUAGUUUCACAAUAUGUAAGAGACUUGGCUUAGACUUCAAUGUUGGAUCUGGAGUUAAACAGAAGCUUGAUGCUCAGUCACUGACAAAUAGUGUGUUGCUUGAAGUUUGUAAAUUUGCUGUAGCAAUGAAUUCGUCCCAACAAGAAUUCAUCAUGGAGAUUCUCGCAUACAAUUUUGAUUUGAGAUUCAUCAGUGGACAGCAUAGGCAUGCUUUUGCAUGUGAAACUAUGCAUCGAGUAAGAGAGCUGACACAAUGUGAAGAUGAGGUCAAAUUGUCAAAAGAAGCGUUUGAACUUCCUGUUGAUAAUCUUAAUAAAUUAACGACUAAUCCUUCGUAUCACUACAGCUGUGGUAUGAGUGUUAAUCCUGAAAUAAGCAGUGUUUCUACAAUGGAAGUGAAUGAUGUUGCUCCUGUGCCUCCUACAAAUUUUAACGCUGAAACUAAAGCACUUGUUCCAGAGGAGGAUGUGGACCUUUAUCCGCACUGCAUGGAAAUCGGUCUGAAGCUGCAUGCUGUUUUCCUACCUUCCACCAACUGUGUGCUGAGAUCUCAAGACCUCCACGACCCUGAGUUGGGGAGCGGCUCGCAGCAGCAGCAGCCUGAGGUCAGCCAAGAUGGUCUUUUCAAGAUUUUCAAGAUUUCUGAGCCACAUCCACCAACUCCUCCAGGGGCAUCCAGGCCUUUCAAGGCCUGGAUACAUAAUCCCCACAACAUGUCCCAGGUCUGCCCUGGGGUUUCUGGUGAGACUUCAUCACUGGAGACCAUUGGGAAAACACGAGACGGUGGGGGGAUUUCUACCAUGUGA